CACGAUCGCAAAUAUACGCGAUCGCGAAUAGUACACAGUUAAUAACCAACGUUACUUGUAGUCGCAGAGCAAUUGGUUGUAUGGACGAGUGUGCGACUUGCCACAACGCGGCGCAGGAUUUAUUGUUUAGUUGGGAAUUUUGAGCACGGAAACAGAAAUCAAAGCGCAAACUCUUGAAACACACACACACACACGACAAACGAUCAAGGCAGCGGUCCGGCUUGUGAAGCCACCGUCAAAGGAGCGCAGUUUUUGCUGUCGCAGCAGUUUUCUUGUUUAUCAAACUGGAGAAUACGAGGUAUACGCCUGUCUAUACAACAGAAAGAAUUAAAAUGACGCAACAACCGGAGUGGGGAAUACGAUUUUCGAGGUUUUUCCUCGUACCUCAGCGCGUGAUCCUUUCGAUCAUGGGCUUUUUUGCCAUACUCAAUGCAUAUACGAUGCGUAUAUGUCUCUCGGUGGCUAUUACCGAGCUAGUGGUAAAGAAAAAUUACACAGACGAAGAUGGUAGCUCGGCGGUAUGCGUGGCCGACGAUUUGGACUCGGAAACAAGUAGUGGUGGUGAAUAUGAAUGGUCAGAAGAGUUACAGGGUUAUAUUCUUUCAUCCUUCUAUAUUGGUUACAUUUUGACGCACAUUCCUGGCGGUCUAUUGGCGGAAAAAUUUGGUGGUAAAUGGACGCUCAGUUUGGGUAUACUGUCCACAGCUUUCUUCACCGUCAUUACACCACUCGCCAUCAUUCAUGGUGGUGCGACUUGGCUAAUUGUUGUGCGUAUUCUGAUGGGCAUUGGUGAGGGUACCACCUUCCCGGCUUUGAGCGUAUUAUUAGCGCAAUGGGUGCCGAUUAAAGAGCGUGGCAAAUUGGGUGCAUUGGUAUUGGGUGGCGGACAAGUCGGUACAAUUUUGGGUAAUCUGUUGUCUGGUAUACUGUUGGACGCUUACGAUUGGCCUGUGGUCUUCUAUUUCUUCGGUGGUAUCGGACUUGUAUGGUUCGUUAUUUUCACUUUCCUUUGCUACAGUGACCCAACCACACAUCCCUUCAUCAAACCUAGCGAAAAGGAGUAUCUAACCAAACAUAUGGGUAGCAUUGGACGCAACAAGAAUUUGCCACCCACACCAUGGCGCGCCAUAUUGACCAGUUUGCCAAUGUGGGCUUUGAUAUCAGCACAAAUUGGUCACGAUUGGGGUUUCUAUAUUAUGGUUACUGAUUUGCCCAAAUACAUGGCAGAUGUUAUGCAAUUCUCCAUUAAAGCUAACGGCCUCUACUCUUCCCUACCUUACGCCAUGAUGUGGAUCUUCUCGUUGGGUUCCGGUUUCGUUGGCGAUUGGUUGAUUUCACGUAAAAUCAUGAACAUCACGAAUGUGCGCAAGAUGAUGACUGGUUUAGCUGCCUUUGGUCCAGCGAUCUUCAUGGUUGCCGCUUCAUAUGCUGGUUGUGAUCGUAUUGCUGUCGUUUCACUUUUCACCAUUUGCAUGGGUCUUAUGGGUGCUUUCUAUGCGGGCAUGAAGCUUACACCGCUCGAUAUGAGUCCCAACUAUGCGGGCACAUUGAUGGCGAUCACCAACGGUAUUGGUGCGAUUACGGGCGUUGUUUCGCCAACACUGGUGGGCUGGAUGACACCAAAUGCCUCGCUGCUCGAAUGGCGUCUUGUUUUCUGGGUCGCUUUCGGUGUGCUUGUCGUCACCGCCAUUGUCUAUGUGAUCUGGGCGUCGGGUGAGGUGCAAGAUUUUAACGAUCCACCACGUAGAAUCGAUUUCGAAGCAGAGGAGAAGGAGAAAGCAGCUGUUGCAACACAACUUGAAAGUAGUGAAAACUUACAAGAUGCGCGGAAUAUAAAAACAACACACACUUAGGUUGUGUAUGUGAGUAAUAUGUAGUAGCAUAACCGUACUAUAAAACGAAUAUGUACGCGUGCACGAAAACUGCCGACAGAUCUGUUGAAGAAAGCAAAGAAUUUACAAAUCAAAUUCUAAUUAUAAAAGUAUUUAUUGUAUCUAUAGUUUAAGCAAAAAAUGCAAAAAGUAGCAAACAACAACAAGCAGACAACGAAAGUAACAACCAGCAAAGAGUAUUGAUUAAUUAAAAAAGAAAUUAGAGAAAAAGACAAUGAAAACAAAAUUUUUAAAAAAAUUAGUAAAAAAAACAUAUAAAAACAUAAACAAAAUUUAAA